GCUACUAUCACAUAAUAAAAUUAAAUCGAGUAAAUUAAAUAGUUUUGGGUUAUUUUUAGUUGUAACUAUACAUCUUAUUUCGUAAGAGUCAAGGCUCAGAGCCUUCAUCACAUGUUUUCUUGUAGAAAUUAUUCGUCUAAAAUUUCGUAUUUAUAUAUUUUCAAACGCGUUUUUUCCGGGGAUAAAUUACCAAAAAUCAACAAAUAAACGAAAUUUUCGAAAUCUUUAAAUUAAUGAAAUGAGUUCACCACGCAAAUCCGAUCCUGGGGGACAGAGUCGCCUUUCGGGAGAUUCUCCUAGAGCUAUCAACAUUCGUCGACAAGUAGAUGUAUCUUUGAACCAUUCAAGAAUAACAGAAACGGUUAGUGAUGCAGCGGGCCAGGUUCAAAGAAGUGUGGUCAUUCCGGGUGGUACUCCAGACAGUCCUUCGCGGCGAACCCCGCUUGCGGAGAGGCAGAGCCAAGCGGAACGCGAAGCAUAUAGAGCUUUUCAAGAAGAGACUGGCCGCGCGCGGAGAACUCCUGAACCUCGCAAACUUAGUCCUACUCAAGUGAAGAGACUCAUUCGUGCCGAAGAUGAUGUUCGAGAAGAACAAAUGCGGGUAGCAGAAGCUGUGCGGCAGUCACAGAAAGAAAUUUCCAUGAUUGCUGAUCCCGAUGAUCAGAAAGAAAACGUAGUUGAUGAGGAAGGCGCAGUAGAUGGGCAACUUGACGACUCGUUUUCUAGAGCGUUGGCAAGAGCAGAAGAUGCAAUAAGAACUGAUGAAGAAAUGAGUAAAGUCAUGGCCAACAUUGAAGACUACUAUCGUGGCGUUCGUGAUGACAUCGAAAAGUUAGAAUUCAAAGCUGAAAGGAAAUACCUGCAAGAACGCAAGCAACUGGAAGCACAACGUGAUAAUAGUGAGGACUAUCGAAAAGCAUUACAAACACUAAAACAAAAACGGGACGAUGAUUUGAGAAGAAUACGACCCGUUAUGAAAGCGAUAAGAAAAAAACAACGAGCAUUAAAAGAGAAACUGGCACCAGCACCUCAAGAGCUGCCAGCUGGCCCAGCGGAACCAGCAGCCGCAGCUGCACCACCUGCUAGUAGGAUACCAGCUGCAGCUGGCCUUGGCAGGAUUCCUGGUACAAGUGGAAUACCAAGAGCGCCAACUGGAGACGUAUCCGCAAAGGCCUCUACUGUUACUCUUAUCCGCAAGCCAAGUAUAAAAUCUUCAAAAAGCGGAAUGGUAUUACCUUCUAAACUGCCACCAAGAGCUUCACUUCCUGGACCAAGUGGCUUACGAAGACCAGCUGCAACAGCUCGGGCAUCUAUAGGAGGACCAUUAGGAAGACCGUCCAGAAGUAAAAUCCCUGCCGCUCCAAAAGGUCCACAGGCACCUGCAGUUCCAGAUGCAGAUGCAAUUCAAAAAGCAAGAGCAUUCAGCAAAAUGGAUGAGGGCUUUGCCAGUGAAAGCAAUAAACUCAGAAGCCAAUAUGAGAGAGAUAUUGCGCUUGCUAAAAGCCAAAUUCAAGAUCCAGCUCAGCUCAAAAUUCGUAUUGACCAGAUAGUAGAGGACUAUAAGAAAAAAACACUAGGUUUGCAUGUCGAAAUGAAAAAAGGAUAUGAUCAAAGGCAACGCGAAAUUGCGCCAGAUAGACCGAGUUUGGCAUCCCCUCCUAGAACUUCGCCAGUGAGGCAACCAAUAAGUGGUCGUCCAAGCGGAAUUCCACGUGGUCCAAGUGGCAUUCCUCGGGGACCAAGUGGAAUACCGGCAGGUCCUGCUCGAGUGGCAAGUCCCGUCGCUGGUCCAUCUCGACCGCGGAGCCCAUCUCGAGCACAAAGUUUAGGAGGGCCACUAUCAGGGGCACCAAGCUUUUCAAUGGUACCACGUCUCUCGGGUAUACCACCACCUAGCAGAGGGUGGCAUGCUGAACGAAAGCAAAGAUUAACUCUCAAAAAAUCUAAACCCCUUGACCCACGUCUAAAACAAUUUCUAGAGACGUACCGGCCAGCUGCUGCAGCUCCGCUUGAAAGUCGAACUGCUUCACAAAAAUACAUAGCGGGCACAGACUUGGUUCGACUACGAGCCAAAGCUAAGCAAGAAUAUGAAAGAGCUGUUGCUGGGGUAAGGCGCGUAAUCCCAGAGGGUGAGCAACUUGACGCUGAGAUCGAAGAAAGGCAAAGGCAAUAUAAACAGAAGUUGGACCUCAUCAACAAGUUAGACAAUAGGAAACUAGCAGUAAAAUCCAAAUAUUUGAAAGAUGUUGAGAGGGUCAGGGGCACAAUUGAAAAUCAAGAGUUGAUGCAACAAGAAUUGGAAACCCUUAGAAGUCAGCUAAUCUCCGAUUUGGCUCAGUUGGAAAUAGAAGCCGGACAAGAGGAACCAGAGGUGAGAGGUAUCACUGAAAGGGAAAUUGCCCAAGAGGUAGCAAGGGCAGAAAAGCUGGCACAAAGGGCCCAAAGAUUGAGAAAGGAGAAAGAGGAAGCAGCGGCCGCUGAAAAGGCUAAAGAAGAAGCAAAAAAAGCAAUUGCAGUCGAAGCUAGAAAGUCGUUAGCCCGAGCAAAGAAAGACGCCGGUAUUCCACAACCAGUUCAACCGGCCCUUCCCGUAAAAACGGCAACUCAAAAAUAUGUCGGAGUGGACCCAAUGGCAAGAAAAACAAAAGCUAAACAGGAAUAUGAUCGAGCGGUCGCCGAGGCAAAAGAAGAAAUCAUUAAUAAGGAGGAACUGGCUGAAGAGCUGGAAUUCCUCAAACUUGAAUACGAAUCCAAGUUGGAUGCCAUCAAAAACCAUGAAAAAAAUCUACUUAAAUUGAAAUCAGAAUAUAUGCAAGCUGUUCAACAAGUACGAGAAGCCCCGAGGGAACCUACAGUAGUUGAAAGGGAAGUGAAGGCUCUCAAAGCGCAAUUAAUGGCUAAUCUGCAAAGGUAUGAUGUUGACGCUGCUGGAGAAGGCGGACAGUGGGGCUUUGUAGAAGACCAGCAAAUUGCCGCAGAAUUGGCAAGAGCAGAACGAUAUGCUAAAAUGGCAGAAGACGCUAAAGCCAGGAAGAAACUUGCGGCGGAACAAGCCAAACAAGCUGCCGAAGAAAAGCAAAGAGCAGCUGAAAAGGCGGCAGAAAUCGCAAGGAAAGCAAAAGAGGCCAGAGAAGCUGCUGCGGCCAAAGCGUUAGCGGCUCGCAAAAAGAAAGCAGCAGCUGAAAGAGCGGCGGCCGCUGCAGCAGCUGCUGCAGGUCCUGCUGCAGAGCCUGUAGCGGGUCCCGCUCCUAGGCCUGGCGCAGCAAGACCUGGUCCUGCUCCGAGAGCAAGAUCUGUGCCAAGACUACAGGGACCAGCUGCGGUGCGACCACCGCCACAGCGAGCAAGAACAGUUGGACCACCAGAGAGACCACAACCAAGAGCAGCACCUCCGAAGAGAAGACCACCUCCUGCACGCCAAGAACAGAAACCCCCGCCAAAACCCGUACCCCGUAAAGCUUCUGAAAAAUAUGUAGGAGGAUUAAGUGUAUUUGACCGAAAAAAGAAAGCAAAGCAGGAAUACGAAAGGGACGUGGCAUACGCUAAACAACACACGCAUAAAGACGACCUCAAAGAAGAGUUGGAAUACUUGGAAAGUGAAUAUAUGUCUAAGUUGGAAGCUAUUCAUCAACAUGAAAAGAACAAGCUCAAGCUCAAAGCUAGCUAUAUGAGUGCCAUCAAAGAAGUAAAAGAGGCACAACAGGAUCCAGAUGCGCUUCAAAGGGAACUUCAAGGUCUCAAAGUGCAGUUGAUAGCAGAUCUCCAAAGAUACGAUAAAGAUGCUGCUGGCGAAGGUGCCGCCGUUCAAAAUAUUGAAGAUAAAUUGAUUGAAGCGGAGGUAGUAAGAGCAGAAAGGGCGGCGAAAAAGGCAGAAGAGCAAAGAAAGAAGAAAAAGGAGGAAGCUGCAGCCGCAAAAGCUGCUGCAGCUGAAAAGGCGGCAGCGGCUGCAAAGGCUGCUGAGGAGGCAGCAGCUGCAAAAGCUGCCAGGGUAGCGGCAAGAGCUAAAGCAUUAAGAGCAGGAAGACCGCGUGUCCCUGGCGAAGGUCCACCUGGUGGGGCACCUCGCGUUGGGGCUCCUGGAGGGCCUCCUGGAGGGGGACCUGGGCGACCUCCUGGCGGACCUCGUAGGGGACCUCCUGGUGGAGCUCCUGGAGGUCCUCCAGGCGGAAUUCCUAGAGGAGCUCCUCGAGGUGCUGGCCCUGGUGGAGCUCCUAGGGGGCCUCCUGGUAGGGUGGCAAGACCAGCCGGUCCAGCACCACGUGCUAAAACUGCACCUAAACCCGGCAGACCGAUUCUCGCUAGAGAACCUGCUCCCCAAGCUUUGACAGUUGGACGGGCAAAGGACAAGUACAAGAGAAUGAUUCUAAAGAAAAAAGAAGCUGAUCCAAGAUUGAAAAAAUUCCUUGAAGGUUAUAGGCCAGCGCAGCCGGUAAAAGUUGCUGCUCGUACUGCAUCACAAAAGUACAUGGCAGGCACUGAUAUUGUGAAAUUAAAGGCGAAAGCGAAACAAGCUAUGAUACAGGCUCUGAAUCAUGCUAAAAAUACAAGUCUGACACCGGAAGCUCUUGCUGAACGUACCAAAGCCAUAAAAGAUAAAUACCAAGCGAGAAUGGAUUUCAUCGACAAAAUGGAAUCGGAGAAAGACAAAGCAAAAUCCCAAUAUUUGGCAGACGUUGAGGAAACACGCAAAAGUAUAGCUGAACCGGCUCUUCGCGAAAGAGCCUUGGACGAACUAAGAGAGAGGCUUGCUACCAUAUUAGCAGAUUUGGACACACAAGCAGGAGCAGAACCGGGCCAAAUAGUCCCCAUAGACCAUAAAGAAAUCGCCAGACAAGUUGCAAGAAAUAAAAGAUUGGCCCAACGAGCAGAAGUACAGAAACGUGCAAGAAAAGCAGCCGAAGCUGCAGCAGCUGCACUUGCCGCCAAAGUAGCACGGUCGAAAGUUUCUCUAGCACCACGACGACCUGCUGCUCCUGCAAAACCAGCUGAACCCUGGGUGGCAAGGUUGGCUACAGGAGCUCCUAAGGCCAAAACAACUCCACGAAAGGAAGUGAGACGAGGGAGAGUUCCUGAUGCAAGAUCAGUUAAAGCAAAACCACCACCACCGGCAGUAUCCGCCCCGAGACUCGUUCUGAAGAAAAAAGAAUUGGAUCCCCGUCUGAAGGAAUUCUUAGAGGAAAAGAAGAAAGCAGCAGCUGCAAUGGUAAAGCCGAAACCUGUGGCAAAGAAGGCAUCUGAAAAAUAUAUUGCUGCCCCACCUGAUGUUGAUGUCAAUGAACUGAGGAGAAAGGCAAAGGAAGAAUUCGAAGAACAAAAGAGACUUUUGAGGGAGGAAGUGGCCAAUGACAAAGAAUAUGAGGAGGAGGUGGCAUUCUUGGAGAUGGAACACGCUUCCAAAAUGCACUAUAUUAAUAAUAUGGAGAGUUAUAAGACGAUGCUGCAGAACAAAUACUACAACGAUGUUGCAGCAGCGAAAAAAACUAUCAAAGAUAAUGACAUGCUUAAGGAGCACCUUCAAGGCAUGAGGGAACAAUUAGCCAACAAUAUGGCUUUCGUUGAGGAAGCAGCUGGUGCACAAAGAAGGCCUGGAAUUAGGUCACCGGAAGCUGCUGCUAGAUCAAGAAUAAGUGACGUAAUCCGACAAACUCUCCGUCCAUCAACACCUCCUGGUCGGCCAAGUUUAGCAGCAGCUCCUGGACGUAUACCAAAGCCGCGCCGUAUCGGCGAUGUUAUCGCCAAGGGUCCAGGAAAAGCACCUUCAGGCCGUCCAAGUUUAGCCCGCAUUCCGGAAGGUAGAAGGGUUCCAGCUCCAGGAACAGCACCUAAACCAGCACCCAGAGCAGCUCGACCAGCACCCAGACCACCUGCACCUGCUCCCCGAGCUGCUGGUCGUCCUCUAGCGGCGCGCCCCAGUGCUAAAUCUUUACCUGCACCUGACAAACCGAAAGUGGAGAAAUCUAUGAAGGCAGCUCCAGCGAAAACUCCAAGAGUUCCACCACCCAAACCUGCACCUAAAACCGAACCGAGGAUUAAAGCGGCAGAAAGAAGGGAGGCGAUGAGGAAAAAGACCGAUUUACCAGAAAAUUUCCAAAGAUUACUUGAGGAAGCUGCUAAGAAACCAACUCCAGAGGAAGCGUCCAAGUUUGAGGCAGAACUUAAUUACUAUAGAGGUUUAGCGAAGUUACGGUACCAACAAGAUUAUGACCACGGCGUAACCAAAAUAAGGAAUCAAGAUAGACUGGGUGAAUAUCUUGAUAAAAUCAAGAAAGAAUAUAAAACCCAGCUGGCGUUCAUCAGCAAACUUCCUGAAAAGAGACGAGCAAUUGAGGACCAAUACACUUUAGCAUGUGCAGCGGCAAAUGAAGCCUACAAAGAUGACGAAAAUGAACGAAAUCUGAGGUUAGAAGCUGCUAAAGCAGAACACAAAGCCAAACUGGAACAAUUAAAUGAAGAAGCUACUAGUCAUCGUCCAUUUGUUCCUGAUCAAAAGUAUGAAGAACUGACUAGACGCUUAUCCAGACAACUUCUACGGGAAGUUCGACCUCCUGCACCGCCCCCAGAGGCUUUACCUCCUGGAGCUGCUCCACCGGCACCUGGUAGGAAAUCACUUCCCGCAUCUAGAAGGCCACCGCCAGCUCCUAGAGGAGCUGCUACAGAGCGCCGAAGAUCAUUGGUGGAAAGCAGAAAGUCGGUUGUAGGAAGGGCCAGAUCAGUUCCGCCACCCAGAAAGGAUUCCCCGGAAGGCAAAAAACCAGAACGCAAAAGGCCGGUUGCAGAACCUAGAAAGGCUGUUCCAGAACGUAGAAAACCAGCUCCAGAGGGUAAAAAGGCUCCACCACCACGGCGAGCGGUUACAGAACCGCGAAAACCAUUACCUGCUAAGUCUAGAGCACGCCCUCCGCCUCCAAAAGCGAAGUCCAUUGAACCGGUUCAUAUGAAAGGAAAGAGUGUGGAGCAAGCUCAAGAUAAGUCACCAGAAGGUGCCGCCAAGAACUGGAGAGUACCGAAGAAGACUAAAGAUAUGAUGAUUAAGAAAAAGAGACUUGUGCAAGCCCUAGAGGAAGUACGUAAGGAGAUUCCAACGAACAAAGACUUGAUAAAAGCUGCAGAAAAGGGAGAACGACUAUCGGUACCAAUGUCCAAAUCUAGCCUGCAGACCAUAGGAAAACGUAUAGGAUUAGCGCCCAUCAAGGAAACCGAAGAAGUUGCCAAGAAAGCAAAGAAGCAAGUGCCUGCAAUGAGGAGAAAGCUUGCCAGCGUCCCACCAACAGCGGCUGGAACUGCUCAACAGAAAGAGCAAGCAACCAAAUCGCCACUAGCAUCCCAAGAAGCAGAUGGAAUAUUCCGAAUGAUGAUGGAUGAGGCCGAAGGAAUAGACCUCAAUAAGCAGCCAGGAGAGAUAGUCAAGCUGAUAGUACCUUCUGAAGGACCAACCCUAGCAAUCACCGGAAACGCAGUGGAGUCGCUGUCAAAGGGCGUCAUUACGGAUCAAAUUCCAGUAAAAGAAAUAAACGUAAUGAGCGAUAAGAACGCAGAGGAGUUUGCAUCUACGGUCAAACAACAACCACCGCAUAAAUUCCCAAUAGAAUCGAUUGCUUCGAAGAGGCUUUCCCCGGAACGGAUAGUAGUAGAGCCAGCAGCGGAGCCAGUCCCGAAGGAUAAUUUCAUUCAACAUGAUGUCCUGCUCCAUUCCUUCCAGGUUGAAACAUUCUUCCAGGCAAGAGGAAGUGUUUUCCCGAAGUGCUUCCCAGGGAUCUACACUGUAUUUCCUGAGGAAAACCCCAAACUUGUACUGAAGAAGUCACCCAGCGAGAUUUUGUACCGAGCGUGGCAAAUACUGAAACCAAAGUAUGCUUCGAAAUCACCUUAGGUUAGAGUCUAAAUGUAAUAUAGUUUCUAAAGUGCGAAUCAAAGAAUAUAUUAUAUAAGAUGGAGUGUAGUUUGUUAGAAAGAAUGUAACUGUAUGUUUAAGUAAGAAAUGUAACUUGUAUCUGCAGAGAAA